AUGGCACAAAAUCAGGUGCAGCACCAGAAUGCAGCUGCUGGGCCUAAUGGAGUGGUGGUGACGCUGGUUGCGGCCGCUUUGGGUGGAGGGGCCAGCCAGUUUUUGACGACUUCACUGUACGUGGGAGACUUGGAUUUCACUGUGACGGAUUCGGAGCUCUACGAUCUGUUUAACCAGGUCGGUCAGGUUGUUUCUGUUCGGGUUUGUCGUGACCUCAGCACACGGCGCAGCCUUGGCUAUGGUUAUGUGAACUAUAACAGCCCCCAGAACGUGGCAAUGGCUAUGGAAGUUUUAAACUUCACUCCUCUCAAUAACAAGUCAAUUAGACUGCCAGUGUGUAGUGGCUCUGGCGGUGGGUGGGUUUGA